AUGGAUAGUGCGGCAAAGCGCUUGGUGGUCACCGGCUCGGACCCGACGAACCCGUCCGACGCUUACCUGAUUGAGCGCUCUGCCGGGACGGAUCAGUCAAGCCGGCGUCGGCUCACUGAUCAUAACGACGGUUGGCUGGCUCAGCAUCCACCCGUGCUGAUGGAGAAGUUUGUCCUGCAGCGGGAAGACUGGGACAUCGAGUGCCGCUUGUACUAUCCGCCCGGCUUCGAUCCGGCAAAGCGUUACCCCUUGGUGCUCGAGAUUCACGGUGGUCCCAACGGGGCAUUCUACGAUUCUUUCGUGCCGUGGCAUCAGGUGUUGGCCGGCACUGGCUUCCUGACCCUCGCCGUGAACCCCCGGGGUUCGUCAACCUACGGCGAGGAAUUCGUCAACGCGGUCCUCGGAGAUUGGGGCGGCGACGACUAUAGCGACUUGAUGGCGGCCGUGGAUGCGGUGUGCCAGCGAGACUACGUGGACAACGACCGGCUGGGUGUUCAUGGCUACAGCUACGGCGGUUACAUGACCACCUGGAUGAUCGGCCACACCGACCGUUUCCGCGCCGCCGUGGCUGGCGCGCCGUGCAUCGACCUCUGGACUAUGUACGGCACAUCCGACAUCGCCACCAGCUUCGGCGAGACCCAGUGGGCCAUCCGCCUGGCCGGCGGCAUGCCCAUCAGCCGCCCUCUGGCCGGUGAGCUGGCACAGGGUGUGGACACUCUGGCAUUUCGCUUGCUCCAACGGUCGCCCAUCAAGUUCGCUCCUCAGGUCGAAACCCCGGUCCUCCUCCUCCACGGAGAAUCCGACGCCAGGUGUCCCAUCGGACAGAGCGAGCAGUAUUUCCAGGUUAUGAAGCGGCUGGGCAAAGAGGUCGAGAUGGUUCGCUUCCCCGGCUGCGGCCACGGGUUUCUACGGACGGGGCACGUCGCGUUGCGGCAGGAAUACCUGGAGCGCAUGCUGGACUGGUUCCGGCGUUGGCUCUGA